CUGUCCUUCCAGGUGGACCACGCUACGGGCGAAGUGUUCGUGGCCUCCAAGACACGGACCAUAUCUGAAAUGUCUGAUAAAAGCGAAGAACCCAUGACCUUCCCCAGUCUGCCAAAAAAGGGCGGCAAAAAACCUCAGAAGGAAGUUAAGAAGAAAGAAGAAGUUAAAGAGAAGCAAGGACCGAAACGAGGACAGAAAGGAAAACUCAAGAAGAUAAAAGAAAAGUACAAGGACCAGGAUGAUGAAGACCGAGCGCUCAUGAUGGAGAUACUCAAGGUUGGGACAUCUUUAUAUACAGGGUGA